AUGGCCGGACUGGAGACUCACGACCUCGUCAAGGCGAAUGGCGAGGUCAAAGUGCAGAAGAAACGAGGUCCGCCGACCGCACAGCUGAAUAAAGAGGAAGCGGCGGCGUUAGCGAAGCGGCAAGCGGAGGCUUCGAGGCAGUAUGGGCGUGGUCGAGGUAUCGAUACCAAGUCGAUCAAGGACAAGAAGAUCCGCGGGAGUCUCAAAGCACUAGAGGAGCGAAAUAAGGAGGCGGCACUCAAGGCGAAGGAUGCUGAGAUUCUACUGGAAAAUGAAUCGGGAUUCCUUGAGCCUGAGGGGGAGCUGGAGAAGACGUAUAAAGUCCAGCAGGAUGAUCUAAGAAGCGGUGUGGGAGUGGAGACGGCCAAGAAGGGAUUCGAGCUCAAGUUGGACUCCAUGGGACCCUAUACAUUCGACUAUACGAGGAAUGGACGGGAUCUACUUCUGGCCGGCCGGAAAGGACAUGUCGCCACCAUGGACUGGAGGACUGGUAAACUAGCCUGCGAACUACAGCUCGGCGAGACGGUGCGAGAUGCCAAAUGGCUCCACAACAACCAAUACUUCGCCGUAGCCCAGAAGCGCAACGUAUACAUCUACGAUCAUCAUGGCGUGGAGAUCCACAAUCUGGACAACCACGUCGAGGUCUCGCAUAUGGAGUUCCUACCCUACCAUUUCCUCCUUGCCACCAUCGGCAACGCUGGCUGGCUUAAAUGGCAAGACACGAGUACAGGCAGACUAGUCAUGGAAGUGGGCACCAAACAAGGCACCCCUACAGCCUUUGGCCAAAACCCCCACAACGCCAUCAUGCACGUCGGCCACCAGAACGGCACUGUCUCCCUCUGGUCACCCAACAGCACGACACCCCUAGUGAAAAUGCUCUGCCAUCACGGACCCGUCCGCUCCUUGGCAAUGGACCGGGAAGGGCGAUACAUGAUCUCCACAGGCCAAGACAAAAAAAUGUCUGUCUGGGACAUCCGAAACUACAAACCCGUGCACGAGUACUUCCUCCGCCAACCCGGCUCCAGCGUAGCGAUCAGCGACCGUAACCUCACGGCCGUAGGCUGGGGCACCCAGACCACCAUCUGGAAAGAUCUCUUCUCCAAACACCGCUCCGACAUCUCCGAGCAAGUCAAAGUCCAGUCACCGUACAUGGCCUGGGGAGGCGAAGGCCAAACAAUCGAACGGGUCCGCUGGUGUCCUUUCGAGGAUAUCCUGGGUAUAGGCCACAACCGCGGCUUCUCUUCCGUCAUCGUUCCCGGAGCUGGAGAACCGAAUUUCGACGCCCUAGAACAGAACCCAUACGAGAACCCUAAACAACGCCAAGAAGCAGAAGUGAACCAACUCCUCAACAAACUCCAACCGGAAAUGAUCGCGCUGAACCCGGAGUUCGUCGGCCAACUCGACCGGACAUCACAUGCACAGCGCCAGGCAGAGAAGGAUCUGGAUCGCAAGAGUGGGGUUGAGGCGGAGAGGGAGAGGAUUGAGAAGCUCAAGAAUCGGGGUAGAGGGAAGAAUUCGAGUUUGAGGAAGUAUUUGAGGAAGAAGGGGAAUAGGAAUGUGGUGGAUGAGCAUAAAAUGAGGGUUUUGGAGAUGAGGGAGGAGCAGGCGAAGAGGGCUAAGGAGGUUAAGGAGGGGAGGGGUGUGGGGGAGCUGGGACCGGCGCUGGCGAGGUUCGGGAGGAGGGGUGGUGGCUGA